UCCAAUUUCUUUUUAAAGUUGAUUUAACUGGUCUCUUUGCUGCCUUUGCAGUCUUUAGAGAAAGGCCACCUUCAAGCCUUCUUAGUAUGGGAGGACCCACUGGUUCCAUCACAAUGAAAUGGCUGGUGUGGGCGCUCCUGGUGUGCUCCUCUGCAACAGCACAACCGCAUAGAGACACCACUCUGGAUCAUCACUGGAAUCUCUGGAAGAAAACCUAUGGCAAACAAUACAAGGAAAAGAAUGAGGAGGUAGUACGGCGUCUCAUCUGGGAAAAGAAUCUAAAAUUUGUGAUGCUCCACAAUCUGGAGCAUUCGAUGGGAAUGCAUUCAUAUGAUCUAGGCAUGAACCACCUGGGAGACAUGACCAGUGAAGAAGUGAUGUCUUUGAUGAGUUCCCUGAGAGUUCCCAGCCAAUGGCCGAGAAAUGUCACUUACAAGUCAAAUCCUAAUCAGAAAUUGCCUGAUUCUCUGGACUGGAGAGAGAAGGGGUGUGUUACUGAAGUGAAAUAUCAGGGUUCUUGUGGUGCUUGUUGGGCUUUCAGUGCUGUGGGGGCCCUGGAAGCACAGCUGAAGCUGACAACAGGAAAGCUGGUGUCUCUGAGUGCACAGAACCUGGUGGAUUGCUCAACUGAAAGAUACGGGAAUAAAGGCUGCAAUGGUGGCUUCAUGACAACGGCUUUCCAAUAUAUCAUCGAUAACAAUGGCAUCGAUUCAGAAGCUUCCUAUCCCUACAAAGCUAUGGAUGGAAAGUGCCAGUAUGCCUCAAAAAAUCGAGCUGCCACAUGUUCAAAGUAUACUGAACUUCCCUUUGGCAGUGAAGAUGCCUUGAAAGAAGCUGUGGCCAAUAAAGGACCUGUUUCUGUUGCUAUAGAUGCAAGCCAUCCUUCUUUCUUCCUCUACAAAAGUGGUGUCUACUAUGACCCAUCCUGUACUCAGACUGUGAAUCAUGGUGUCCUAGUGGUUGGCUAUGGUAACCUUAAUGGGAAAGACUACUGGCUUGUGAAAAACAGCUGGGGCCUCAACUUUGGUGACAAAGGAUAUAUUCGGAUGGCAAGAAACAGUGGAAAUCAUUGUGGGAUUGCUAGUUUUCCCUCUUACCCAGAAAUCUAGAGGAUCUCUUCACUUUCAAACAAGUCAAGAAAGAUAAAACACUUUCUCUUAACCUAAUUUUACCUGCUGUAACCAGUACAAAUGUGUGUCAUGAUCAAUGUAUAUUUAUUGUACUAACAGAAAAUAUAGUUCGAUUCAUCUACUUUUUUAACUUUGCAGAUCUUGGAAAAAAGUCUGCUAAGUAAGUUAAUAAUAUACUACAGAUACAACUGUAUGAGAACUGAUCAACAAAAGAGAAUCUGUCAUGUUUGUCAUUGUCUUAUUUUGCACUUUUUGUCUUUUUAAGUCCCCUAAUAUCCUUUGGUAACUCGAUGGCAUAUAAAUGCUUAAUAAAUAUCUGUCCUUUCAA